CUUUGCACACACGCACGAUGGAGCUGUCCGCUCUCGACGCAGGUGACCAUCACUACACAGCUUGUCAGAAAAUUUUCACGUUUGGGAAGAGUCCGGAAUCCACAAAAAUACUUAUUUUCUGCUGUUAAUCUUCCAUAAAGUCGGUACGAAAGAGCGCGUCCUAGCGACGCGGUUUCGUUCGACCGUAAUGGCCGGCGGCUCAGGUACGAAGGUGGUGCAAAUCACCAACAUUGCCCCGCAGGCCACCAAGGAUCAGAUGCAAACGUUCCUCGGGACGGUGGGGAAAAUUGACGAGAUUCGCCUCUACCCGACCAUACGGGAUGUGUCCUGCCCGGUGGUGUCGCGCAUCUGCUACGUGAAGUACUUCGAGAGCAGCUGCGUAGCGGUCGCCCAGCACCUAACCAACACGGUGUUCAUCGAUCGGGCCGUCAUCGUGAUUCCGGUCGCGAACGGCGUCAUUCCCGACGAGUACAAGGCGCUCGAGAUGGCCGCCAACGGGACGCUCGUGCCGGGGCUGCACAGCUUCAACGUGCCGUCCAAGCUGCCGCCGGAGGUGGUGAACCGCAUCGACGGCAUGAUACCGAACCAGGUGGUAAAGACGAUCGACCCGAAGCUGGAAGAGAACGGACUGCCCGAGUAUCCGCCGCUGCCAGUGAACUUCGACGCGAAAAAGAUCGAGGAAACGCGCCGCACCAUACUCAUUCUGGACGUGCGCUCGGACUGGCGGCUGGAGGAGCUGAUGGACCACUUCAAGCCGGCGGGCGAGAUCAAGUACGCCCGGUACGCGGAGAACGAGCGCAGCAAGCUGGCGCUGCUCGAGUUUUGCGACCAGCGCAACAUCAUCAACGCGCUCAAGAUGCACGGCACCGAGUUCCGGGGCUACCGGCUGAAUGUGCACCAUUCGACGCAGCCGAUCGUGAAGCCGGAGGCGAAGAGCAACGAGGCGGCCCAGAAGGAAAUCGAGGAAGCGAUGACGAUCGUGAAGGAGGCCCAUCACCAGAUAUCGAGCAUGGACCCGGUGGUCGCCAUAUACCCGAAGGACAAGAGUGCCAGCCGGCGCCGGUCCCGUUCGCGGUCCCGCUCGAAGGAACGCCGCACCCGGUCCCGUUCGCGCAAACGCUCCAAGUCGCGCAGCAAACGGUCCCGGUCGCGGAAGCGCUCCCGCAGCCGCUCGAAGCGUUCCCGCUCCCGGCGGUCCCCGUCGCGGAGCAAGCGCUCGCGCUCGAAGUCGAAACGUUCGCCCUCGCGCAGCAAGCGAUCGCGGUCGCGCUCGAAGCGUUCGCGCUCCCGGGACCGCCGCAAACGUUCCCGCUCCCGCCGCCGCAGCCGCACGCGUUCGCGCGAGCGUACGUCGCGCAUUCGUCGGUCGCGUUCGCGCUCGAAGAAGCGGUCCCGUUCGCGUGAGCGUCGCGAUCGUAGCCGCGACCGCAAGAAGUCCCAUCGCAACAAGGAGGAACGGCGCCGCCGCUCGCGUUCCCGUUCGGCGAGCGCCAAGCGUUCGACGUCCCGGAGUCGGGCAAGUCGUACCAAGGAGGUGGUCACGAAAUCAUCGUCCAAGCGUCGCAGCCGCACCCCGUCGGACAAGAGGUUGAAAAAGAUCCUGGAAGAAACGGUCAGCCGCGAUUACGACGCGGAGGAGCGCAUGGAUGCAGGUGGAAGCGUGGUCGGUGUGGAGGAUGAUGCGGGCAGCACCGGCAAGCAGUCGGUCUCGUCGCCAACCCAAGCUUCCGGUACAGGCGGCGGAGGCGGUGAUGGUGGCGGUGGUUCCAGCUCCUCCUCGUCGUCGUCUUCUUCCGGUGGCGCAGUCGCGGCACCGGUCGCUCCAACGACACCGCGGGAGAAAACCGCCAGCCCGACAACGGAGAAAUCCGACAACAUGGACAUUUCCAACUCUCCGUAAUGGGACACGGUUCAUUUAGGUGCAGGGACGGGCAUCCACGGUACGCCAAGAAUAUGCGAGAGCUGGAUGUACGUUGUCGUGCCGAGGGCAAUUUACAUUUACGUUUUUUAUAUUUUUUAAAACCAUCCAACAAUGAUACACUGCUCCAGCAACGCGCGAGAACACUUUCGAUCGGUGUUGCGUAUUCUAUCCUUUCUCUUACUACUUUCCUUUCCUAUGACUGUGUCCGCCGACAUAUUGUGCAUUGUGUUUGUCCAGGAUUAGUUUAUUGUAUUAGUACCGAUGUACCGCAGCUUUCGUGAGGUGACAUCAUACGUACGAUUUGUCAAAUAUUUUCAAAUAAAUCUCUCUUGAGUCUAAUGAUCCUAACAUAA